AUGGGAUUUUUGAGUGGUGUGCUUGGUGCGGUGAAAGAUGAUGAAGCGGUUAAAACUUAUGAUAUUCAUCCACAAAACAAUUUUACUAAGGCCAUAGAAACAAUUAAAAAAAAUAUGUACAAAACUGGCGGAUUGUCUGAGGCCGUUACGGCUGUGAGCACGGCGCUGGGGGCGUGGGAUAGGGAGGUGACUAGUAGAACAAAUAGCGUGAAAAUACUUUCUAAAUCAUUAACACAACAUUAUAUUAAUAUAUUAGUUAAUUCACUUCAUGAACUAAAUAUAUGUAGCGCUAGUGAUGUAGCCUCUAAGUUGCAGGUCUGCUUCAAAGAGGCAGAGAAGCUUAAUAACGCAUUCAGAGAUGCCGAGAUACAGUGUAUGUCGCUCGAUAAUGGGCUUCAAGAGAUGAUCAAGGGGAACAUGAAUUCCAUGAAAGUACGGGUAAAAGAGUUUGUUGGUGCCGCAAACAAUACGGAAUUGAAGGCGACGGUUGAAUUCACCAAGACGAGAUCGGAAGAAUUGAAACAAGCGGUGAACAGUUAUGUAAAGCAACGCGUUAGUUCGAUGCGAAGUAAUAUCGAAAGUGAAUUCAAUAAGAAAAUUCAUCAGCCUAUGUUGGACGUUGUCGAUAGGUUGAAAGGGCUUAAUAGUCAAUUGGACACGUGGAUUCAGAAGGCCGAGGCAGUUGUGACGAAAGCGAUUAAUCAGUGUACGAAUAUUGUUAAGGUGCUGAAAUGUGAAGAAGAGCUAGACCGUAAUAGGACCAAAAGGCAGGCCGUUGAGACUGCAGCAACAAAUCUAAAAGAGAAGGCCGAUGCCCUCCGAAUAGCAGUCAUUAGUGCACAAGGGGAGUUGAGGAGUCGUGUUAAAACUGCGCUGAAGCAAGUUCUUAUUUUGGAUAGGGCGGUUAAAAUGGAAUUGAAUGAACUGAAAAACAGGAUUCAGAUGGGGAUUGGGAAAUAUGUUAAGAGUAUCAUAAGAGAUAUCGAAGUUACAGUGAAUAAUAUUACAGGUACUAAAGGUACAGAUGGUGGUCUAAAAAAGGUUGUGGAACAAGUGACCUCGUGGGCGUCGGAUUUCAAGACGACAGAAGGGUUUGAGGGGAAAGUGAAAGACUGGAUUCUACAUAUUCUGAGCGACAAUGAUUUUGUAAGCGAGAAGGUUACGGCAUAUGGCAAGAAAUUAAAGCAACUUAGGCAGGGGAAGUUCACGAGUUUGGGAUAUAUGGAUGCUCAGGGAGACGCAGAGAACUCGCAGUAUCAUCAGGAAAUUGCUGAAUUCAUAAAGAAUAAACUGAAAACAGACAUAGGUGCGGGCAGUCAAAUGGUCCAAGGAUCACUAGAACAUGACGGCCAAGGCACGGAGCAAAUUGAAAAAUAUCUUCAUGCAGUUGGUCUCGGUUGCUCACAAUUUGCCGAUGCGAUUGAGGCGACGAUUAUGACUAAGGAACGUACCAUAGACACACCAUUAUCUACAGGAAUUUAUAAUUUUGCGGGCGAGAUAGCCAAGGAUCUGGAGAGUGAGUUACAGGUUAUGAAUAACUCUAACCAAUCGCUGCUGCAAUCUGCUGUUCAUCGUAUACUCCACGAACUUCUGGCAGUAGCCAAACAGACUGCCUACGAUUUAGGAUGGCUCACUAGCAAAGGUGAUAAGCAGGGUAACAUCCAGAAUGUUGCAGCUGCGUUGAGCAUCGCCAAACGGGUUGAGACAGAUCUUAACAGCGCUCUCAAUGCAGUCGUCGAUGUCUCGUCUGCUACGUUUGCAUCCGGAGAGCCCUACAAAGCAUCUGAUAAUAUUGACCGAAGAGUUUCCGGGAUACUGGACGGGCAUUUGCCGAAUGGAUCAGGCGGUCAAGUAAAAAUUGAUUCUGUGAAGUUUUCGUAUUACGAAAGACAAAUCAAACAAGCCACCAUCACGCAAGCCAACGAUGGUGAACCAGACCCAUUAGAUGGCGAAUUCCCACAGGUGAUCAAGGCUAUUAGAGAUAACGUGAACGGAGAUCAUCAUUUGCAAAGGGUUGUGAACAGUCAGGCACCUUCUACCGUUAUGAAUGAUGGUAAAUUUUAUAACAACACGUUCGUCUUAUUACUUCAACAGGUUAACGACACUAUGCAGGCUUUCUGUGAUGCCGUCAAAGAUUUGGUUGAAAAAAAUGACAAAACCAAUACGGGUCCAAAUGUUGAUGAAAACAGAGGCGUGCAGAGAUUGCUGGAAGAUUUACAAAUAAUGCUUAAUAAAGGUGCUGAUGGCAACAGAUUGUAUGAGCUUCCGAGGCACCUCAGGGAUAUCCACGAGGAAAUUAAAACUACCAUCAUUGGCACACCAGGCAGUCACGCUUCAUCUCCCCAAACUCUAGAGCACAUCCUGGAUGCAGCCGCGUCUUUCUAUCACAAACUCAACACAGAAACCGAACAGACCAUAAGUGAAAUAAAAACCGUCGUUACGGACGAAACUGAUGCCGCCACUGAGGCCAUUCAGAACAAGGCAAGAUCGUCCUACCACAAGAAAAUCAGUAAAAUGCUGAAAUAUAUGAAAUCCUCCUUUGAAACGCAAAUUGAAAAUAUUGAGAAAAUUAUUGACAAAAAUCUGAUGAGCGGCGUCAAAGGGCUGCUUAGGAAUACAAAACGCUAUUUCGACACCAAUACCGAGCAACUUAUCUCUCAAAAUAUCUCAUCCCUCUCCAUUAAUGUCAACGUGUUUAUUGCCAGACUCAUGUCUUACGUCGUAGAGCAAACUAAAGGCCACGACAUUUCCAACCAGGUCAAAUCGCUCUCCCUUGUCUGCCAAAAUAUGCUCAACGAACUCCACAAUUCACAGCAUUUUGAUUACAAAUUUGGUACAAAUAUUAAUAAUAUAAAUGACCGCAUUGAUUCCCUAACUCCCUCCACCCUCGACCCCCAAGCGCUGCCGGACGCAGGACGGCCCGUGCUCAGGGCGCUGCGGGAAGGGAUGCUGGGAUUCGUGGGAGAGUUGGGGAAGGUGUAUGUGAACAAAUAUGAUGGAGGGGAGGGGAUUAAAAAGUGGGUUAAACAAGAGGGUGGAAAGGAUGUUUUGACGCCUGAAGGAAAAAAUGGCGCUAAGGUGUUUUUGACCUUGUUGGAGAUGGUGAAUGAGGACCUCGGGCAUUUGAAAAAUGAAUGUGAAAGAGAUUGGGGAAAAUUUAAAAUAUACGAACAGGAUAACGAAAGCACAAAUCCACUCGGUUCGUUCCUUAAACGAUGUGGGUUCAAAGUCGCUGAACGUGACACUUCCAAAGAUGGCGAGUUGAGGUUACCAUUAAGUGGAUUCAGCGGUGACCAUAUUACCAAAUUGGAGCUUUUCACGUCCAUUCCUCACACUAAUGCCAGCAAGUUCCUUGUAAAUCUCGACAGCCUUAUCACUCACCUCAACCAGUAUAACCAAGUCGGCCACCUUAGGCAUGUCAAGUCGCCUAGGAACCCGUGCAGUAUUUUCGAAAUGCUCGUAUGGUCAUAUGGGCUGCAGCACAACGGUGUCUAUGAUGAAUUGGUGAAAUAUUGUCAUAAGUACGAUACAUCAUAUGAUAAGAAACCAGAUGCAGAAUUCAAGAAGCGGUUGACAGACACUGUGGAUUACAGCCUACGUGCUCUGAGCGAUUAUUCACGUAAUAUACUCACAACCAUACUCGGUACUGGUGACGAAUACACAACGUACGCCGUUGACUACUCCGAUAAUUCCCUCAAUCUGAAAUAUCCUGCAUCAGGUGAGGACUGCCUACAUACGCUGCUGGACAUCCUCCGUAGACUCCUGCCCACAUUGCGAUUUCUGAAUAACCAAUGCAAGCUCAAAACCAAAGACAACGGUUGGUACGAAUGCGAAUAUGGUAUGUACACCGCUCCAGCCAAAUGGCCGUGUACCGCCCACUCAAGCGACAAGGCAACGAGUCAACCAAACACGCAACCAAAGUGCCAACCAACGUGCAAAGUAAACAGCCAAGCAAAUUGCCAACCAACUUCCCCUCUUCAGUCUUACUUAAAUGACUGUCUACCUGGUCACCUACCUCAUCGAUUGAUUGAUGUCGGCUGUAAGUCGGAAUGUAAAACGUGCUCUCCAAGUACCAGCGGCAUGCCGUGUGUGACUCCCCUUGGCUUCAAGGCGUUUUCAUGUAGCACGCGCCGUGGUGAAGACAUAUGUGCUGUGUUAAGCAAAUUCUUUAACGUUGCGAAGCUUUCGCCUUUAUUCUGCCUGGCGCCCAAACCACCAUCUACGCUGCCAGAGCACAUGGAAUUUGCAUUAGCGUUAGUCAAGGAUUGGGAUUCCGAUGCAACGCACCCUCUUAAAAAUAGUAUUCAUUCCACAAUACGAGGCGCAUCUAUUGAACUAUGUGGAAAGCCGGAAGUGCUGACCACUGCGCUAACAAAUGCGUACGGUUCAUAUUAUGGCAGCCAUGACACCUGUGAUGAUCAGCACAUUUCUAGUCUCACAAGGUGGGAUGCGUGUCCUGCACAGAAUAAACGUUGUGCUCCAUACCUUCAAUCCUUAUGCUACGAUUACUAUAGCUAUCUUGUCAAGAAGCACUGCAAUCUAUACUUGUCAUGGGCUGUAUACCUACCAUGGGAUUUCUGGACUCAACUGAACAAUAUGUGCAACGCGUUCAGCAAUAUCUCAUGUCAAGAUUGGGGAUGCAGAGAGUGUCUGCGUGCCGACAAAUGUAAGCGUGGAGAGCAUGGGCUCAGCGUGAAAAAGGAUGACGAAUCCGAAGAGCCAAAUUGUCGAUGCCCUUCGAUUAUCAGCUGCAAAAGCGUUUCACCUAUGUUGUACUCUUAUGGAUUAACCUUUGGUCACCCUACCAAAAUUCUUACCAACAAAAAAUGUAACGACUUUUACAAUCAGUUGCACAGUGUCUUAAAUUCAAAAUAUUUUAUUGACCUACUGACAAAAUGUGAUGAAUACCUGCGCGAUAUUAGAUGGCCAUUUAUGCUCACCGUCCUGACCCUCUGGCUCCUCUCUUUCCUCUACCUCAUCCACAUCAUGGUCAUCCGCCUAGAUCUCCUCCAUAUCAAAUCGCAUCUACAUAGUCCCUCGAGUCAUAGGAUUGCUGCUCAAUCACUACUUGCUGCUGGACGCGUUAACAAGCUUAACAGGGUGUUUUAUCUGCAACCAUAA